GCAAAAAUAAUCGAGAAACCUCAAACGGAACUACAACUUAUUGCAUGCUGGGUAAAUAUCGGACUGCUGACAGUGGAAGAUGUUCACGUUUGUGUUAUUUUCAUAAUAUAAUUUGAAGAAUGUUUAGGAGGAAAUGCUCUAGUUAAUAUAUUAUUUAUCAGAGUUUGUUACAGAUUGAAUUUGUGAAAGAUGCCUAUCAUAAUCAAUGGGCCUCCUGUGCAGGAGAACAACAAUGGGCCAGUGGGAAACAACAAUAAUAACAGGCCUCCACAGCAGCAGCAAAAUCCCUUGUUCAAUGUCAGGGAUCGGCUAUUCCAUGCUUUAUUUUAUAGAAUAUCUCUGACAUAUGCCAGGGCAUUUCCUAAAUCAGUGCGGCGCAUGCUGGAGACACUGGUGCUAGUCAAGGCCCUUAUGGUGCUGUUCAUUCUAGCUUACAUUCAUGUAGUAUUUGCCAGAGCUCCAAUGAACUGCCUUCAACACAUUCAAAAAGAAUGGCCAAGAGAUGGUAUAUUGAGAGUAGAAAUCAUCAAAAAUGCUUCAGAUAACUAUAGCAUUAUUAACUCUUACAAAAAAGAAUAUGAAAAUUUUGAUGUAGAUGGAAUACUUUUUGGUAAUGACACUGUACCACAGGUUGGAGACAUAGAAGGGACACAGGGUAAGACUGACACUGAAGAUGCAGGACUGGCUGAACCGGUUGCACCAUCUGAAGUGGACAGCAGUAUUAUUGAUGGGGGUUUUCCUUUGGCCAGUGUAAAUGAUAAAAAUAUCACCACAGACAAUACAACAAUAAACAUAGAUUACUCCUUUGAAGGAAAGCCUGAAAGGAACAUGCAACCAUUCAGAGAGACACUCUCUGAACUAGAGAUGUUGGCCAAAGCAGUGUGGCCUGAUGAGAAAUAUAUUGUGGAAUAUUCCCUUGAGUAUGGAUUUUUGAGACUGUCCCCAAAGACCAGGCAGAGGCUCAAUAUAACUGUGAUGUUAAUAACCCUAGAUCCCCUGAAGGAUGAAUGUUUUGGAGACAGUUUUAGCAGAUUUAUUCUAGAUGAAUUCCUAGGUUAUGAUGACCUGCUUAUGUCCAGUGUUAAACAGUUGGCUGAACAAGAGGAUAACAAAGGUUUUUUGAGGAAUGUUGUCACUGGGGAGCACUAUAGGUUUGUCAGCAUGUGGAUGGCAAGAACAUCAUACCUUGCUGCUGCUUUCAUCAUGCUCAUCUUUACCUUAUCAGUGUCGAUGUUAUUGAGAUACUCUCACCAUCAGAUAUUUGUUUUUAUUGUUGAUCUCCUUCAAAUGUUGGAAAUGAAUGUGACAAUUGCUUUUCCUGCAGCUCCGCUGCUGACUGUUAUACUAGCUUUAGUAGGUAUGGAAGCCAUCAUGUCUGAGUUCUUCAAUGACACCACUACAGCCUUUUAUAUGAUACUAAUAGUUUGGUUAGCAGAUCAAUAUGAUGCCAUAUGCUGUCACACAAAUAUCAGCAAGAGGCACUGGCUUAGGUUUUUCUACCUGUACCACUUUGCCUUUUAUGCCUACCACUACAGGUUCAAUGGUCAGUACAGUGGUCUGGCACUCAUCACUUCCUGGUUGUUUAUUCAGCAUUCAAUGUUGUACUUCUUCCACCAUUAUGAACUGCCAGCCAUCUUACAGCAGGCAAGGAUUCAGGAAAUUUUGAUGAGAACACCACAUGAAGCUGGGGCAGCGGACAGGGGAGGAGACAGAAAUGACAAUAUCUUGACAGCACAGGAAUUAAGACAAAACCUAGGUGCACUGAUAGCAGAUGGUCAACAAGGCCAGCAGGCGGCAGGCCAGGCAAACCAGGCGCCAGAGCAACAAGGGGAGGCCCAGCAACAAACGAGAGAACAUACUAGUCCCAAUUCUGAGAACCAACAAAAUGAUCUCAUCCAAGCUAUGGAUGAAGAUAGGGAAUCUGACAACAGGAGACAAGCUACUGAACCUGACAAUGCAGACAACAACCAGACUGUUGUCAUUAGGACUUUAGAAGAAUUAAAUAUUGGAGGCUCUUUGGCCGAAAGUCCCUCUGAACUUCGCAGUAAUGAAACAGAACACAAUGAAAACCAAACACAAAGGUCAGACUCUGUGGCUGAUAAUGCCUUGAGAAAAAGGAAUACCCAAGGUGACAAUAAAGAAACAUCUGGAUCUUCAAUUAUAGACAGUAAUGAUGAAGGUACUGCCCUAUAGCCUGUGGUGCUUUGCUCAGUCUGUAAAGUUAAGAGUAAUUUUCAAUAUUCUGAGGUAGCGCUAGCAAUUUUUUUUUCGCUUGGCUAAUUACUUUUUCAUCACUUUUUUUCUCCAAUUUGUUUAAAUUUGACUUAAGUCAAAUCAACCCUAUUUUGUCUAGCCAGUUUAAGUCUGUUUUAGCAUUUGGCUACAUUGGUGAGUGUUUGCUCUACCCCGGAAUAUUAUAUAUAUAUACCCAAAGAAAGAAUAUAAAUUUUUUUGUCUUAUUACGUUGUAUUGUUAUAUAUUUUGUGUUAUUAUUCAGAGAUUGAUUGUAAUAUGCUGUCACACUGGUAUGAGGGGAAGUCAAAAUAUUUUGAGAAAUGCAUGGAAAGAGCAAGAUAUUUGGAUUUAUACUGCUAUAUUCUUCAACAUAGUACCCUUUUUACUCCACACACUUUCAUUUAGCUCUAUUAAGUUUGCCAUUCAUUGAUAUCCAUCAGUAGAACUCAACAUAUUGGUCCCCUAAACAGCUCAUUAUCAUUAUCAAAUCUUAAGCCCAGAGCCUGCCUUUUUUUAGCCUGAGAAAGACUUGUUGGGGGUAGAUCUCAUGAAUAGUUUGGGUGAGGGACAAGUUCAUAGCUUCCAUCUAAGCUCGGUUGAUAUCAGUAGCUAAGCCUUAGACAUUUAUGUUCAUCAGCUGUGGUACAUUGUACUAUCUGACCAAAAUAUUCCCUCGUAACACUUGAAUUCAUGAGACACCAGAAUUGGUUUUAAGUAAAUAUAUAUAGCCCCAGUAUCGCUUUCAAAUAUCUUAGUCCAUGAUGAAAUUAGCUGCAUAGGCAUUUUGUGAAAAAUCAGCUCUGUAGCUACUAGUGCAGCAGCAGUCUAACAUAGUCCCUUUUCAAAAGUUGAGCAGAGCUGCCUAAUACAGCUUUGGAGUUUUAUUUCAUGAAUGAGGUUGGUAUUGGGCUAUAAGUACAAAUAACUUGUUUAAAUUUCACCAACAAAUUUUCUUCUUUUUUUAAUUAUUUUAGUAAGUAUAAUUGUAACAGCAUUUCACUUAAUUUUGUGAUUUCCUCAAAAUUGUGUUGCUGAUGUUAGAUCUAGCUUAGUUAAAGCUUAACCCCAACUAUGGUGAUUAUAUUACAUUAAGCUCUAAGUUACAGAAAAUCAGUUUAUAUUUUGAGUGGCUCCUAUUUGAAGUUCUUAUUCUUUUCAUUAUUAGAGUAGUAUGUGAAUCAUUAGUAAAAUGCAGGGGCUAUUACAUGAUAAUAAAUUUAUUUCCACAAUCCUUUGUUCAUAAGAAUGUAGUAUGUGAUUUUCUCAUCUGUUCUACAGAAAAGUAAAGUUAAUAUUUGAAAUAAAAGUAAGACUUAAGGAUUGUUAUCUUUAUAUCAUUGCACUUAUGUGAAAUGAUAGUGCAAUAUUUUAUGUAUUUGUUUUGUACAUGUAAAAAAUAAAUUUUUGCUGUUGUUUC